AUGGCACCAGCCGAAGUAUCGAUUGAGCCCAUGGCUCCAGUGACGAAGCUGCCGAGUCUUCAAAACCGCGUUAACGGCAUCAAAAAAGUCAACGGCAGUCAUCAGCAUCGCCUUGAUCCCAACUACACUAUUCUCGAGCAGCCCAUCGGCACUCGGCGACCACUUCGCGUCGUCUGUCUCGGCGCAGGAUACUCAGGUCUAAUGAUGGGCAUCAUGUUCAAUGAGCGCAUGAAAGACGCCAAUGCAGAACUCGUUCUUUAUGAGCGAAACGCCGAUUUAGGAGGAACUUGGUAUGAGAAUAGAUACCCGGGGUGUCAGUGCGAUAUUCCAGCGCAUAACUAUUCCUACAGCUUCGCUGCCAACCCGGAGUGGCCGAAUUAUUACGCGACCUCCGAGCAGAUUCAUUCUUACAUGAAGGACGUGGCUAAGAAAUACGAGGUGGAGAAAUAUAUCAAGCUUCAGCAUUUAGUCGAGUCUGCUAUCUGGGAUGAAGAAAAGGGAAAGUGGGAGAUCCAAGUAAGGAAUGGCAGAACCCUAUUCAGAGACGAGUGUGAUGUUUUCAUCAAUGCCAGUGGUGUCUUGAACAACUGGAAGUGGCCCUCCAUUGAGGGACUGAAAAACUUUCGCGGGAAACUCAUGCACUCGGCGCAGUGGGAUUCUAGCUAUGACUUCACCGGAAAACGCGUUGCGUGCAUCGGGAUUGGAUCUUCAGGAAUUCAGAUUGUGCCUAAGCUUGCGAAAGUCGUCGGAAAUAUGGAUUGUUACGUACGGAGCCAGACGUGGAUCAGCCCAGCCCCUGGAAUCAAUGAGCCGACAGCAAAUGAUCCAGAAAUGGACGAGCAUUAUAAUUUCUCAAAAAGCACUUUGGAACUAUUCAAGGAUCCCGGGGUCCUUCGUGACUAUCGCGUCGCCAUGAUGAACAGGCGAGCAGAAAACUACAAUCGGGUUAUUGCUGAAUGUGACCUUCAGAAGCAGGCCCAGGAUAUGUUCCGGAAGUCUAUGAACGAGCGCUUGGGAGAUAGUGAGAAAGGAAAGCGCGCAGCUGAGCUUCUAAUACCGUCGUUCCCAGUUGGAUGCCGUCGCCAAACACCGGGCCCUGGGUUCCUAGAAGCAUUGAUCCAAGACAACAUCGAGUUGAGAUGGGACGAUAUCUCGAAAAUGACUGAGCGAGGUAUCCUAACACGAAGCGGGGUUGAGUUCGAAUACGAUGUGAUUGUUUGCGCGACAGGCUUUGACACUUCAUUCAAGCCCGCAUUCCCACUGGUGGGCCGAAAUGGGGUCAGCAUGGCAGAGAAGUGGGAGAAAGAUCGCCCCAAGGCAUAUCUGGGCAUGUGCGUGCCGGACUUCCCAAACUACUUCUGCUUCGUGGGACCCAAUUCUCCGCUUGCAAACGGAUCACUGAUUCUCGGAAUCCAAGCGACUGCAGCCUACAUCUACAAAUGGAUAGAAAAGAUCCAGACAGAGGGGAUCCGCAGCUUUGAGGUCGACGAUGAUGUUAACGAGGAGUAUAACCAACACGUGCAGGAGUACCUUAAACGUACGGUGUGGACGCGAGACUGCCGCAGUUGGUACAAGCGUGGAACCAUCGACGGCCCAGUUGUUGCCAUCUACGGCGGAUCCAUCUUCCACCUCUUGGAGGCUAUGAAGAACCCGCGCUGGGAGGACUUCAGAAUGGAUCGGACACCAGAAGCUAGCACCAACCGGUUUGCGUACUUGGGUAAUGGAUCCACCUUGAGAGAGGCCAAGGGAGGUUCUGUAGGUGCUACACAGACACUGGACUUUGACGAGUUCUGGAACCUGUUUGUUCUCCCGAGUGUGCAUGAUUAG